AUGACAUCUGUGAAGAAUUGCAGGGGUUUCUACAUGUACAGGCUUCAUACAAAAUUGAAGAAACUUAAACCUGCUUUGAAAGAUUUGAACAUAAAACACUUCAUGAAUAUUAGUGAGCAGGAAGAUGUAUACCUAGCUGCAGAGGAGUUUUUCAAGUCUGGUAAGCUUCUUGGUGCUAUCAACUCUACAUCAAUCACCUUGAUACCAAAAAUUCUUAAUCCUAAGACUCCCUCAGAUUAUAGACCAAUAUCUUGUUGCAAUUGUGUUUACAAGAUAAUCUCAAAAGUCAUUGCUAACAGAAUUCAAGGAGUGAUAGGUUUUCUAGUCAAUGAAGCCCAAAGUGCAUUUAUCAAAGGAAGGCUCAUUUCAAGUAAUAUUCUACUAGCACAUGAUCUUAUAAAACACUAUGGUAGAAAACAUACAUCACCAAGAGCAAUCCUUAAUAUUGAUUUGAGGAAAGCUUUCGAUACCAUUAGUUGGAGUUUAAUCAACUUUGUGUUACUUGGCUUGGGUUUCCCUAAGACUAUGGUCGAGUGGAUCAUGGAGUGUAUCACCACUUUAAAAUUAUCCCUAUCUCUUAAUGGUACUUUGCAUGGGUAUUUUAAAGGUGCUAGAGGCUUAAGGCAAGGGGAUCCCCUCUCACCAUACUUAUUUGUUCUUGGGAUGGAGUACAUGUCUAGGAAAUUGAGUUCUUUAAAAAAUGAUAGUCGUUUCAGAUAUCAUCCUAAAUGCUCAAGGCUCAAGAUAACUCACUUAUUUUUUGCUGAUGACUUGUUGCUCUUUUGCAAAGCUGAUAUGCACUCAAUAACGAAAUUGAAGGAAUGCCUCUCUGAGUUCAGUCAAGUCUCUGGGUUAGAAACUAACCUAAAUAAGUGCUCUUUAUAUUUGUGUGGCAUUAACAGCAAUUUAAAGCUUCAGAUCUGCUCAUUACUUAAUUUCUCUGAGGGAGCACUACCAACAACAAAUUACAUCCUACCAGUAAAAGUUUUGGAGAAAAUAGAUAGUUUAUGCUCUGAUUUUUUAUGGAAUGGCAAAAUUCAUCUAGUUUCAUGGUCAGCUAUUUGUCAGAGCAAAAAACAUGGUGGUUUGGGAAUAUUCUCUACUAAAUUCUGGAAUCAAGCUGCGGCUUUGAAGCUUCUUUGGAUGAUUCAUUUGAAGAAGGAUAUGCUAUGGAUUAAAUGGGUUCAUGAGAAUUACCUAAAACAAACUAGCAUAUGGCAAGUUCAAGCCAGAGUUAAUGACUCUUGGAUGUGGAAGCAGAUAAUAAAAAUCAGGGAUAAGAUGAUUGGAAAAUUUAGCAAUGUGACAAAUGUGUUGAAUGUCAUUGCGAGGAAUUGUUCUGAAAGUAAGGUACAUCUUUCCUCUAUCUACAAUAUGCUUAUUCAUCAAAAUGCACAAACUUCAUGGUCUAAAACAGUUUGGGAUGGAUGGCACUACCCUAAACAUUCUUUUACUCUAUGGCUGGUCAUGCAUCAAAGACUGUUAACUCAAGAAAGACUGUGUCGCUUGAAAAUUCUCGACACAAAUACAUGCAUCAUAUGUCAUCAGCAGAUGGAAACCUGUCAACAUUUAUUUUUUGAGUGUGAAUAUUCAGUAAACAUAUGGAAUAAAGUCAUGAACUGGCUGAACUAUAAAUGGAUAUCAUGUGUAUGGAGCAAUGUUGUUGAUUGGUAUACAUUAAGGUUGAAGGGUGAGAGCUUUAUGAAGAAGCUUAAGAGGAUGGCUUUAUCUGCUUCUGUUUAUGCAAUAUGA